UGUACCUUGAGCUUGGCUUUCUAGUAUAACACACGAUAUAGCAGAGGUAAAGUUGUAUUUGAUUGAGGAAUAAAAAUGAGAGAGAGGAUUUUAAAUAACAUUUAGAAGAUGAGAACAUCACGGCCAAACCGGGUAUUCCAUUCAGUCCGCCAUCAUCAUGACGUUGAGAGGUUCCACCUUGGAGCUGUGGCUGGUGAGGUGGCGGUUAUUUACCGGAUUGAGGAUGUUGUAUUUUUGGCCUUGACCUACUACUCCGUACUAGUGAGCGCACUGUAUCAAAGAAUGCUAUGGAUUGUACAGAGUGGUCAACAAAGAAUCGCAUCUUUAAGAAAUAAUCUUAUAAUGCAAUUGUCAUCUGUUUAUUGCGUUUGUCUUUACAAGUACUCUUUUAUCCAGAUCUAAGUGGUCAAAAAGUUGAUUUUGAAAUCAUGACAUGA